GUUUACAUCCGCCGAUCCAUGUGGACUGUAGUUUUGAGCGAUCUGAGCACUCUAAAUCCAUGCAAGGGUAUAUCGACUGUCACUGUCAUAUAUCCGCCGAGGAUUUUGACAGCGACAUUGACGAUGUCGUUGCGGAGUCCAGAAAGGCUGGGCUUGUUGCCCUUCUUGCUGUAGCAGAACACGCUGGUGAAUUUGAGAAAAUUAUUCAGCUCUCGCAAAGGUUCCCUGGAUUCAUUAUGCCAUGUCUUGGCGUUCAUCCUGUCCAAGAUCCAGCACAACCCAGAGGAGCUGUACCUGAGGAUUUAGAUGCAGCUUUACCACUGAUCGACAAAUACAAAGAGCACAUCGUGGCUAUCGGUGAGGUUGGCUUGGAUUUCACACCUCGUGUAGUCAACAGUGAUGCUGGGAAAGACGGUCAGAGAAAAGUGCUCAUUCGACAGGCUGAAAUUGCAAAACAGUUGAAUCUGCCUCUAAAUGUACACUCAAGAUCUGCUGGAAGACCAACCAUACAUCUUUUGAAGGAAAUGGGUGUAGAAAAUGCACUUCUUCAUGCAUUCGACGGAAAGCCUUCAGUUGCAUUGGAGGGUGUUAAAGCGGGUUAUUUUUUCUCAAUACCUCCCUCUAUUGUAAGAAGUGAUCAGCAGAAACUGGUGAAACAGGUUCCUCUGGAGAGCAUGUGUUUAGAAACGGACUCUCCUGCGCUCGGACCUGAAAAACAGGUGAGAAAUGUACCGAGGAAUAUCAGCAUCAGUGCCGAAUAUAUCGCCAAAAUAAAAGGGGUCUCCUUGGAGAAAGUCAUAGAAGUCACUACCCAGAAUGCCCUGCACCUCUUCCCCAAAUUAAAAACAUUUAUCAAAGCUUGACAUUAAAAGUGCACCUCUGCCUGACUUUUUAACAAAUAUAUCUAUUGUAUGAUCCUUUCUUUCACUUCUUCUUUUAGUUCUAUUUACCUGAACACAAGGACAACAAUUUCACAAAAGACAACACUGUAAAAAUGCAGGGUAUCACACAAAUCUUUUACGUUGUCCCAACACAACUUGAUUGAGUUUGUUUUUGUUAAUUGAAGUGGAUUGAACGUAAAACAAUUACGUUGUACCAAAAAACUAAAGAAUAAUGUUGUUUCAACUCAUUUUUGAAAGU